UUAAGAAGGCUGAAAUAAAUGAAACUAUGUGUUAACAGUGACAUUUCAUAGCAUCGACUCGGUCUGCAUUAAUGCAUGCAUCUGUUGCAUCUUUGCUCCCAAUGAUGGUGCAUGGGUUUUAAACGGGAUCCCCUCUUUUAUGAGCACCUAUUGGAGCAUUUACGGUAGCUCAAUUUGCAAGAGGGAGGAACCUCAGGGCCCCACAGCGUUCUCAUUGUGACUGCAGCUUCACACACACAAGGGUAUUAGUGUCAGAGCCGCUCAGCAGCUUAAACCUGCAGAAGCCGCUGCCCUCCCUUUGGUCCAUCGCUGCAGACACCAAAAACGAGACCUACCUCACCAGUUCAGUGGCAAAAACAGGACAGCAUAAAGGUCUGAGCAGACGGUUCCACUAAACACUUUCCUGGUUCAAUAAUCAGGGGAGAUCACUUCUCAGCUCAGAUCCAACAGGUGACUCGCAGGCAGGUAGACAUGGCAGACGGCAGGCAGCCAGAAGACCACUGGGCCUCGAAUGGCCAGGAGAACGGCGAGAACGGCUACUCCUCCUACAGCUACAGGGAGAACGGCUACCAUGGUGGGGCAGCUGCACAACCUGGAGCAACAGUGGAUGACUCGGCCAACUUGCCUCCCUCCCCUCCCCCCUCUCCAUCCGCUGAGCAGACUGGGCCCGUGGCACAAGCCCAGCCAGAGGAGAGCAAAACAUCUUGUGAGUCCGAGGUGCAAGAAGAUGAAUGUCCUGUAACGUCUGAAGAAGAACCUGCCUUGAGUAAACUUCCCUCACCCACUACUUCAGAGAAAGGUCCCUUAGAAGAUUCCUCAGUUAAACAGACUGAUAAAGAGAGUGGAGUUUUCAUAGAAGAAUCCACUGAAAGCUGCAAGGAGUCCAAAGUCAAGGAACAUAAAGAUGUUUCAUUGACAGAAGAUGUGUCAAGUCUUAAGACAGAAGAUAAUGCUGGAAUUAUGUUACCCAAGAAAUCACAAACCUCUAUGAAUGAAAGCCCUGAAAAAAUGGAGCAAGUAGAAGCAACAAGUCAGGGCAAUGAGGACAGUAACAUUGAGAAGGUCGGGCUAGGUCAUGAAACAGUCCCGUUAAAAGGAGGAUUAGAUAAAGAACGAAGUUCUGGAUCAAAAACCUACUGUGAGACAACAUCCAAAAGCCAAGACGAGGGAUUGCCACAAAGUUAUUAUGAACUCAAUUUAACCUCUGAGAAAACGCUAAAUGUAGAGUAUGACAGAGCUGUGGAUAUAUUUGAAGAACAAGAUGAGAAAAAAGUUAGGACAUCACCUGGUAAAGCAUCAUUAGAGCAGCGAAGACUGUCCUUGAACAUUCCUAGUGGGUCUUCAAGAGAAAUGACUGUAAAGGUAGACAAGUCAAGGAGAUUCUCUGAAAUCUUAUGUCCAAUCAUUGGAAGCUUUGAUGGGUCAGAAGUUCCUCCCUUAACCCCAUCAGUUGAGAGGUACACUUCACCGUUUCUGCCUGUUGUCUCCAUUACCCCAACACCUACAACAUCUGAUAGAAUCCAAACAAGCGAAGAAGUUACUGCUGAGGAGCAUGGAUCCAGCUCUGAACAAUCAGAAAGCCUCUCUGAUAUGUUGGACCUGGCUGGAGUCCCACUUCGUCCAUCAAUACAGAUGAGAGACCACAUGAGACGAAAAUCAAUGCCAGCCACUGCACUCCUAGGAAAUGCCUUUGACAAGUUUUGUUUAUCAGAGCAAAUCUUGACAGAGGUGGCAGGGGAGAAUCAACAGGAGGACUUUGGCUACUGUGUAUUCAGUGAGUAUUCAGCACCCAUGCCUUCUCCUGCUGAUGUUCCAAGUUCUCAACACCAGGAUUUCCCUUCUUUGGGUUCUGAAGAAGAAGAGGGUCCUAGAGUUAUGGAAAUUACAAGUGGUCAAAUGCAAAUGGAAGAUCAAAAAGAAAUUACCCAGAUUUCUCAAAAACCUGUAUUGGUAAAGAAAGAUAUCCCAAUGAAGACAUCCCUGAUUCUGGAGAAAGCUGUGACUAGUGGAUUAAAACCAGAUCGCUUACGAAUCCCAAUAGCAACUUCAAAAGACCGCCUUACUGAACUUCGUUUGGAGACUGGCCUACCUGGGGACAUAACAAUCCAGGCAAUCCCUGAGGUGGAUGUUGAAAAAGACCCCUCUAGAGAGGCCUCACCCAUCCCACCAGACAACUCAUUUACUUUCAUUCCUAAAGAAACUGUAAGUAAAGUUCCUCUGAGUCCUACAAGCUCUAAAUCCCCAGCUGAAGGAAUCCUAGAAACUCAAGGCGGAGAGAGGCUGGGGAAAGAUGAUGUGCCUAACAACUGUUCAGAAUCCAAGAGUGUUGAUGAAGAACUGAAGGUAAAUAAAGAGAUAACAAACCCUGAGGUUGAAGAUAAAGAAGAAAAAGCUGAUGAACCAGAUAUAACCACAUCAGCUAUAACUUUAGCAUCAUCAGCACCUUUUGAAGAUGAGGAUGACAUAGAGAUUGCGGAAGAGCCUCAAGAGAUUAUGGAAGAACCUGAGGAGAUUCUGCACUCGAAGAUAAUUAUAACAAAGGAAGGUAUAUCUGAUGUACUUGAAAUAGAGGAGCAGAAGGACCAAAUGAGACUGAUGGUUUGUGAAAAGACGCUGGAUGAUGAUCCCAAGUCUGGACCUGAAGAAUGGAGCCAUAGUGCCCUAAACAGUGAUGAAGGAGAGCCUGCUACCGACAGUUCGAAUUUAUCUCCAUGUUCUGAUCAUGACCUACCACAGCAGUCUGAGGAAGUUGAUGAAGAAGAAAAAAAGAAAGAAGUCUUACAGGUAGAUAAGCUGGAAGGGUCAAGAGAAGAGAUCGAAGAGGACAAGAAAGACAAAGCACUUCAAGAGGAAGUGGACAUAGUUCAUUCUGAUGAGAUUGAUGAUGGAAAAGAGAAGAAGUUCAUGAUUGAAGAGGAUAGUACCAAAGGGAAAGAUAUAGAGAUUGGUGAAGAAGCAACCAGUUUAGCAACAAACGAUGAAACCACAGUGGACGUGUCCAUCCUGGAUACAGACAGUGGCUGGAUGGACCCUCAAGAUGAUGACAAAAGUAUCAUGACUGAGCAAAUCGAAGCCCUUCCUCAGACCCAGGAUUCUCUCCCUGCAUCUAUGGUGGUGGGCGUUCCUGCUAAACGGUUCUCCGGCAAAGGAAGGGGCCGCCUUGGCACUGCUGAAAGUAAAGUGACACGCAAAGCACCGACCUACCAUCUUCCAAAAGAGGAGAUAAGAAAGAAAAAAGUAGGCGUGAGGAGGGCUGACCAGAAUAAGCUGUCAGCCUUCCAAAGUCACUCUCCAUCUCGAAAGAGUGGAGCCAAAGUGGCGGCCAGACAUCCUAGGCCCACUCUGCUUCACGGCUCUGCUAGGAGCAAGGCCACAGGUAUGGUGCACCAUCAGCCCCUCAGUGUAGCCCAGCCAUCCAGGGAGAGGCCCACUGAGAGAACAUACCGCAGCCCUGAGAAGAGGUCGUCCCUUCCCAGGCCAGCCAAAUCUCUGACUCGCCACAUUCCUGCUGCUGAACAAGAGGACAGCACCCCCCCCAGGCCAACCUCUAUCCGAACCGACUCCAGAGGAGACAGCAGGUCUGGAAGAACCCCUAGUAUGGCAGGCACAGAUUCAGCCCGAUCCCGGUCGGUCCGCAGCGGUGCCUCCACCCCAGGCUCUGCUGUCACACCUGGCACACCACCCAGCUACUCCUGCCGCACACCGGGCUCGCGCACCCCUGGCAGCCACACACCCAAGUCCUUCAGCGUCCUCCAGGAGAAAAAGGUGGCAGUGAUCCGGACCCCGCCCAAGUCCCCUUCGUCGGUUCAGCGGCAGCUGAAGGUCAUCAACCAGCCCCUACCUGACUUGAAGAAUGUAAAGUCCAAGGUCGGGUCCACGGCCAAUCUCAAGCAUCAGCCAAAAGGAGGACAGGUUCAAAUUUUAAGUGCGAAGCUGGACUUCACUCAUGUUCAGUCAAAGUGCGGCUCCAAGGAUAAUCUGAAGCACACACCAAAAGGAGGCAAUGUCAUGAUUCCAAGCGUUAAGCUGGACUUUAGCCACGUUCAGUCUAAAUGUGGCUCCCUGGAUAAAGUCCACCACCUGGCGGGCGGGGGAAACGUUCACAUCCAGACCAAGAAGAUCGACUUGAGCCAUGUCACCGCCAAAUGUGGCUCCAUGUCCAACAUUCAUUAUAGGCCAGGGGGAGGAAAUGUGCGUAUUGAGAACGUGAAGCUGGAUUUCAAAGAUAAGGCUAAUGCCAAGGUCGGCUCCCUGGAUAAUGCCACCCACAUUCCUGGAGGAGGGAAUAUCAUGAUCGAAAGCCACAAACUGAGCUUCCGGGAAACAGCCAAAGCUCGCGUGGACCAUGGUGCAGAAAUCAUUGUCACCCACUCCCCCGGGAUCGAGACGGGAGGCACCUCUCCUCGCCUGUCCUCCGCCGGCAGCAUGAACGUGACGGAGUCGCCCCAGCUGUCCACGCUGGCGCAGGACGUCACUGCUGCCCUGGCCAAGCAGGGCUUAUGAGCAUUUAGUCACCGUCAGAACAAAUCGGCGCCAUUACUCCCUCCUCCCGUCAUUGUUGCUCCCUCAUAGACAUCCAGUGUUGUCCCUUCAGCGCAACAUGACCCCAACACACAUAACCUCUACAGUUGUAAUUGAUCGGCUGUGUUGUUCAUCCAGUUGGAUUUUAAAGACUGAAUUCUGCCGUCUUUAAAUAGGAAAACCUCCCAGUUCUUCAAUCCUCCACUCAAUUAUGGACGUUUCUGUUUCAGAUUUGAUAGGCUGAAGGCUUCAGUGGCUGCGAUUGUCUCAGUAAGCGGUUUUUACGAUUGUAUGACAAAUUUUGAAGUGCUUCACCACUACCCUCCUGAAUUUAUACGGUACUGAAUGCAAUUUAUUGCUACUAGAUAAAUAACGUUGUCUUAAAGGAUACAAAUGUAUGAGAGACUUACGGAAAAAUGCGAAAGAAUGGCUGACAAAUGGGCAUGUCCGCUAAAAUGUGACAUGAGUUUGUCUGUGUUCGUAUGUUGGAUUUUAAUGUUUUCUUGCUAUGUUUUAUUUUUUACAUAAAUGUUACUGUAGUGUUACAGUUUUGUACCUUCCCUGUAGCUGCUCUGGCUUAUUGGUGUUUAUAAUAACCAUGGCAGUUGUGUAAAAUGUCCAGCGAUGAACAGCUAGCUUUCCAAUAGAGUUUCUUUUAUUAUUUGGUUGUUGUUUUUUUUCCCUAAAAGCUGCCUGUUUAGGUUUGUUUUUAUAUUUAUGCUGUAGUUUUACAAGGUUACACAAUACUGUUUUGCUGGCAUGGCAAAAAUGAUUAAGUUAGAGCUAUUUGCAGCUAUCUUAAAUUUUUUUGUUGUUAGCAAAAAUGGCCCGGAUACAAUCCAAGUUAGGGCUGAAGAAGCUUUUCGACCUUUCUCGUUUUUGCUAAGAGAGUGGGUGGUACAACUUGUUCGAUAGGGUAAAGAGCCCAAAGUUUGUUCGAAUUAAGUGUGAAGUAUGGAGCUUCAUAUGAAAACAUUCCUGUUCGGGUAAAAAAAAUAAAUGUUUGUUGGUUUUGAUCGUUGCUGGAAAGGUUCAGAGGAAUGAAAGUUAGAGUUCAUUAACAAAAAAAAAAAAGUUAAAUGAAACUCUUCUAGCAUAUUAUCUGCUCACCUUUGUGAAACCCUUUUUGCACCCGGUGUCAGGAUUCCCCCCACCGCUGCCAGUGUUUCCCCGUGCUUCCUCUUUCCCGGUCCCCUCUUUGCCUGUGUAAGUGUAUUUAAAGAAAUGUAGAUGUGUGUGCACUAUUUCCGAUGUUUGAGAUGUACUGAUGACAAAUGCUCCGACAACAUGAUGACAGCAUAAAUAAAAAAUAAAUAAAAACUGA